UUGUUUUUAUUAAAAUUUGAUGGGACUAAUUUGGUAGAAUCGGGAAACGUGUUUAAGAUGUUUGGUGCGCUAACAAAAGCGAUCAAAAAAUAAAUAUGAUUUCAUAUAGACCUUAGUACACUCCAUCUUAUCGCGAUCGAUCGAUCAAAAUUUCACACACAAUAAUAGCACCCACGUCAUCGACAAUUCAGCCAUCUUGUCGACACCGCGGAUCAACCACGUAUCAUUUUCUAGUCAAGUGAAACAUUACAACCUAGUGACCAGUACGCAAAUUAGUGUUCCUCCAUUGAAUCAACAUGGCAAACAAAGAUGAAGCGCUUUCACCGCAAAAAGAGGUAACGCUGAAACAAGAAGAGGAUGGUAAAGUGCCAAAAAUUGAAUCCGGUCAAUCGUCUCCAGAACAGAAACAAAAUCAGCAAUCAGUCAGCGCACCUCCAACUGUUAUCAGGAGGAACAUUCUUACAUCUGCGGGUACUAUAGAGGCAGCAGAAGAUCAGCUCGAAGUUACUAACGAAGUAGUCGUCAAUACGACAACUUCACCAGAGGAAAUGAGCCCCCAAGACGAAAAGCCAGCUGCGAAUCAAGACGUGGUCGCUUAUAGACUUUUGAUUCCUGAAUCUGGCCACCCAGAUCAAUAUGCCGAUUCAAAAAAUUUUACAUCAGAAACGGGAGAGCCAUUUCAAGCUCAGACCAAUUACACUAACCAAGAAACGGGAUUUACGGCGACAGUACAAAUUGAUCAAGGGGGUAGUAUAGUACCAGUUACUAUCGAAAGUUCUAUUGAGGCAUCUGCAGAUUACGCAAACUUAGAGACGGCCCACUAUAAUAACGGACAAUUUCCAGCCGAUGGGUCUCAAUAUCUACAACAUCACCAGUACAGCACCAUGCAGUAUCUCGAUAGGAAUAGUACUGAUAGUCCGCCCAGUGGAAAUAAUAUGUUAUUCAGACAUAGCGACCCAACAUUGGGUUCCUCCAGAUACCAGAACUACGACAUAAGCAGCAGCCAGCAGCUCAAUCAAAUUACGCUGACCGCUCCGCAAACAGGCGAAACUUACCAAUUCACGACAGCACCCAGCGGCAGCUGGUCCACUUCGGGUCAGGCUUACCAAGCUUACCAAGCGAACUUAAAUGUGGUCCAUCAAGCUGACAGCAGCACACAACAGUUUUUCAGCGGCAAUUGGCAAGCAAACGGCGCCUUAGACGAGGGUCCCAACGUUUCGCCGUCCCAGAGACAACCUUCAGAGGUACUUGUCAAAGAGUGCGUUAAUUGCGGCGCAAGUGUCACACCACUAUGGCGCAGAGACGGCACGGGGCAUUACCUAUGCAACGCGUGCGGUCUCUAUAACAAAAUUAAUGGUGUGAACCGGCCCCCGGUUAGGCCAUCCAAAAAGCCACAGGCGACUGGGAACAGAAGAAAUGGUGUUAUAUGUGCCAACUGUAAAACGAACAACACCACGCUAUGGAGGCGAAAUAAUCAGGGGGAACCCGUGUGUAACGCAUGCGGACUGUAUUUCAAAUUGCACGGUGUAAAUCGACCAAUCAGUAUGAAGAAAGACGGCAUUCAGACGCGAAAGCGGAGACCAAAGAGUUCGGCAUCUCACGCUGGACCGUCAGCAUCCGGGAUGCACCAACAGCGAAUUAAUCCCUCACAAGUAUACUAUUCUCAGGCAGUUCAAGAACUUGAAUUACCUGUAGAUCAGUAUCAAUUACCCCAAUCGAUAUCGUCAACUGUAUAUCCGGGUCAUCAAUCGUUUCAUCGCCAACUCCCCAGCACAGACCACAUAGGUCGUCAAAUGACCAAUGCUCAGCCCUUGCAGCCGAUAAUGACAGUAGAAGACGAACAAACGAGCGUUAUUACCUCAACGUCUCAGCAAACGAGAUAUUCUCAGCGAGAUGAGGAUGACCAAGAUUCCAUGAGUCAAUAGUGUUUAACUUACCCUUUAGAGAGAAUUUAAUUUAUUUUUGUUUUUGUUAAAGGUUUUUAGAAAUAUUCGAGCUUUAGCGACUUUUUUUUUCAUGUGUGAAUAAUUUUCGGGGAUAAAUUUCACAAGAAAAUAUCAAAAUGUCACAGACAUACCAUUUCAUGUAAGUUUAACGAAUAAUUUGUAUACAUAUCUACAGUAAAAUCAUUGCAGUUAUUGUAAAUACAAUAGAACGGGAUAAGAUGAUAUGAUUUGAAAGCCAAAACGAGUUCAUCCGCACAUAUAUAUGCUUGUCUAUUUUACAUUUGCAAACGAAUUAAAAUAUCUUAUAGGUAUUUAAAUAACAAAGGUUUGAUUGUUUCUUAUUAUUUUUUUGCCGAAAUUCGCCUAUUCGAUGCUGUAAUGUGUAAUGUAAAUUAAUUGAUGAUAUGCGACACAAACGACAAAUUUGUAGUACGACCAAAUCUGAUGAAACAUUUAAAAACUUAGUUUUAAAUUUUGUUAUUGGACUGAAAAGUAAAUCUUUAUGUAUGAAAUUGUUUUAGGUUUAUUAGGUAUUUAUAUAUUUUUUAGGUUAAUUACGUACAAAUGUUCCGUACUGACCUACUGCCUAACCUACAACCUACUGAUAAAAACUUAGCUUCAAAAUACAGAAUAAAUAUUUAAUUUCUACACUUGCGUACGUGUGACAAGCAAUAUUUUUUGUAGUUCCAGGUAGCAGAUCUAAUCAUAAAUCUUAUGCUAAUUUUGUAAUUUUUUAUAAAACCAAAAUUUUAAUGGAUACUCUGUAUUUCAUAAUUUUCAUACUUUUGUAAGCAAAAUUAGGCGUUUUAGUAGUAAGAAUCGACUAAAGUUACGAAGUUUCUUAUGCUAGUCAUGCAAUUUUAUAAGCUAAGACAUAAUAUUGUAGCAAAAUCAACAAAUCGAGUGUGACUACGAAAUUUUCUUAUCAAUAAAAUUAUUUUAGUUUAGGUA